GUCUCGAUGUGGACUCUCUGGAUGAUAUGCUGCGUAAGGUAAGCGGAAGACACACAACUGACGGAAUUCAAAAACUGACAGCCAAGUUCUUAGCUGGUGAUGCGAUUCCAAAAUGCUAACGGAGCUCGAGCAGCGCGUCAUCGAAGCGGAAGAGCGCGCCGAGGAAGCUGAAGAUAAGGUGCGUGCCAUGGAGCAGCGGCUGAGUGAAUGGCCAAAGCCCAUACAACAGCCACAACAUUCGCAUUCGCAGCAGGGAACCGCUACAAGCUCGCCCAUACAUCAGCAUCAGCAUCCUCAUCAGCACCAGCUUCAAAGUCAACAGCAAGCAGCUGCGCUAGCAGCCGCCGCCGCCGCCUGUCUUCCCAACAACGAGGCCGAGAAGACAAUCAACUCGCUUGAGAUUCAAGUUGAGGAGCAACGACAACUACGUCUUCACGACGCCCGUCAAAUCGAGGCCAAAGCAGCCAAGAUCAAGGAGUGGGUGAACAACAAGUUGCGCGACCUAGAGGAGCAGAACCAGCUGCUGCGCGAGCAAAACAUCAAGUGCAAUCAGCAGCUAGAGUUGUUAAAGAACCACAUUGCCAACCAGUCGAACCGACACAGUAUUGUGGGUCCUGUGCGCAACAGCCUGAGCUUAGAUGUCCAGGACUUUGCCAGCACAUCGGAGACGCGCAGACGCAGCGAGAGCCUCGAUCCCCAGGAAAUCAUAAGCCGACCACUAACCACCUCGUAUCCACAUCAUCAGCAUCGACGCAACCUCUCGAUGGAGCCCCAGGAGCUUGAGCGCAAUCUAGUGGCGGCCGUCGAUGGCCUAACACUAGCACCGUUGUCGAGCAUCAGCAGCAAAGCACCGGCGCAGAUGUCUAACGCAGCAUCAGCAACAGCCUUGGCCGCAACACGCCCCGAUAGCUCCGACACAGACACUGCUCACGACUAUGCCGAAAUCUACACUCCGUCGUGCGAGAAGCUGCCCGCCUGGAUGAAGAACAAUCCGGCACUAAUGGCCAGCGGUGGUAACUCAAGCACCACCACGACCACUAGCGAUCUAGGCGUUCCGCGCCCUCCUACACCACCACUGCAUCGAUUUCCCAGUUGGGAGGCCAAGAUCUAUCAGGUGGCCAAUGAUGGGUUGGCCGGUACUGGAACUGGAACCGGCACCAGCACCGCCGAAAGCACGGCCAGCAAUGAGCCAGCCACUGAUUUACACGAUGGCAGCGGUGGUGGUGGCGGUGGUUCUGCAGCCAACACUCUAGCCAAUGGCAGAGCGACUGGGACGCGUCAUGCGCACGAUGCGAAUGGAACGCUGGGCAGCGGCACACCGGGCACACCCCAGCCACCAACGCGGCAACAACAAACCGCUAGCGGCGGCUUCUGUGAUAUAUCCGUGCCCGUCUACGCCACGGUUAAGGGACGUGCUUCCCAAAUACGUUCCAUGCCCUUUACGGGCGACUCAAGCGACGACUCCAGCGAUGGGGAAGAUCAUGCCGUUAUGCUCACCCACAACUCGCACAACUCAUCCAGCACCGACAACACGGAGACCUCGACGUCAGGUAGCGCCUCGAGUCCCUCGAAGAGUCUAAAGACUUCAUCGAGCCUGAGCCCAGCGAAGCGUAGUGGCUCGGAGAGUCCCAAGAAUGCCAAAGCGCGUGGCCUUUCCGAUGACUAUGCAUUGCCGCCCGACGCUGUCUCUGAAUCGACCUGCAUGGACGCCUCGAUGCCGUCGCUCCUCAUGCGUCAGUCCUAUGUGGAUUCGCCCAGCAAGAAGAUUGAGUCUCUGGAGAAGAUGGGUCACCUGGCCAAGCUGGGUGGCAAGCUGAAGACCUGGCGCAAACGCUGGUUUGUGCUCAAAAAUGGAACCCUCAACUAUUGGAAGAGCCAGCACGAUGUGCAGCGCAAGCCGCAAGGUCAAAUUUUAUUGGACGAGGCCUGUCGCAUAAACCGCGCCGAGGGCGCCUCCACCUUCGAGAUCGAUACGGGCAAGAAGGUCUACUAUCUGACGGCUGACUCGCAUGCCACCAUGGAUGACUGGAUUCGUGUGCUCCAAAAUGUGCAGCGGCGCAAUGCGACGAAAUUGCUGCUCAGUCGCGACGACCAGAAGCCGACCGUCCAGGGUUGGGUAACCAAAGUGAAGAACGGCCAUGCCAAGAAGUGCUGGUGCGUGCUCCUGGGCAAGAUGUUUCUCUACUUCAAAGCUCCCGCCGAGACGAAUCCACUGGGCCAGAUCAACAUGCGCGAUGCGCGGGUCGAGGAGGUGGAGCAUGUGUCCGACUCGGACUCGGAGGAACGCGAAGAUGCGGCACAAGAUCAGGCCCGUCUGACAGUGGCCAUUUAUCCAGCGCAUCAGGGACCCACGUAUCUGAUACUUUCGGGUAAACAGGAGCGCGAUAACUGGCUCUAUCAUCUCACAGUUGUGUCGGGAGGCGGUCCCAGUGCGGGCACCCAAUACGAGCAGCUGGUGCAGAAGCUUAUGGAAACGGAUGGCGACCAAAAUUGUGUGCUUUGGCGUCAUCCCAUACUGUUACACACCAAAGACACCAUUGCGGCACCUCUAUCCUCAAUGCAUACGGAGACCAUGCAGCCGGAGGCGAUCAAACUCUUCAAGAGCAUUCAACUGUUUAUGUCCGUGGCUGUCAACCAGCCGGGCAUCGAUUAUCAUGUGGUGCUUGCACAGAACGCUUUGCAACACUGCCUGGACAUGCCCGAGCUGCAAACGGAAAUGAUCUGCAUACUGAUCAAGCAGACCUCCCGACAUAUGGGCCAGAAACUAAGUGUCGGCGUCCAGCAACUACUGUUGUGCGCCACACAGAGCCUGUUCACCUGUGAUACCCAACAGGCGGGCAACGCCCAAGCCAACGGCAGUUCGCCGACAUCGAUUCAGGCGCCGGUGGCUACUCCGAUUAUCGAUUGCAAGUCCAAUCCGCCCGCCUACAGCUUCGUCCAAGGCUGGCAGUUGCUCGCCCUCGCCGUCUCUCUCUUUGUGCCAAAGAGCAGUCGUCUGCUGUGGUACCUCAAGCUGCAUCUCUCCCGGAAUGCGGACACCAAGACGGAGACGGGCAAGUAUGCUGCCUACUGUGAACGAGCGCUGGAGCGCACCCUGAAGAAUGGGGGGCGCGAAACGAAGCCCUCACGGAUGGAGGUGCUCUCUAUAUUGCUGAAGAAUCCAUAUCAUCACUCCCUGCCGCAUGCCAUACCCGUGCACAUGAUGAACACAACCUAUCAGGUUGUCUCUUUUGAUGGCUCGACGACCAUUGAGGAGUUCCAGACAACACUGGCCCAGGAGCUGGGCACCCGCGAUGCGACCAACGGCUUCUGUCUCUUCAGCGAUGAUCCCAUUGAAAAGGACUUGGAACACUACCUAGAGCCGCUGGCCAAGCUUUGCGAUGUCAUUAGCAAGUGGGAGACGGCACUGCGCGAGAAGGGGUCCGGGAAGUUCGAGAAUUCGCGCGUAAUUCAGCUUAGCUACAAGAAUCGUCUCUAUUGGAAGCACACGAUCAAGUGUGAGACAGACAAGGAGCGUCUGUUGCUCUGCUACCAGACUAAUGCGCAGAUCGUCCAGGGCCGCUUUCCACUGUCCCGCGAACUGGCCUUGGAACUGGCCUCACUGAUGUCCCAGAUCGAUAUGGGCGACUACACGCACGAGAAGUCGCGAGAUGUGGGCCUCAAGGCCCUCGACAAGUUCUAUCCAUAUCGCUAUAGGGAUGCGCUGAGCGCAGAGCAGCUGAAGGAUGUGCAGGAGUUGCUCAUCUCCAAGUGGAUGCUGCUGAAGGGUCGCUCCACACUCGACUGUGUCCGCAUCUACUUAACCUGCUGUCGCAAGUGGCCCUUCUUUGGAGCGUGCCUCUUUCAGGCGAAGCCACGCCAAUGCGAGCCGCAUGCCAGCGCCAGUUCGCCUGUCGCCUGGCUGGCCGUCGCCGAGGAUGCGCUCAAUGUCCUCGAGCUGUCCACCAUGGCGCCAGUGGCCCGUUAUCCCUACAGCACCGUGAUGACCUUUGGCGGCUGUCAGGACGACUUCAUGCUCGUCGUCUCGCACGAGGAUGGCAUGCUGGCCGGUGGCUGUGAGCAGAAGCUGCUCUUCGCCAUGAGCAAGCCCAAGAUCCUGGAGAUAACGCUCCUCAUAGCAGACUACAUGAAUGCGUUGGGCCACACCGUGCCGGGCACCCCACAGAUGAACUCACUGACCCGCAAUGGCUCGCACCGUUCGCUGCGCUCCUCACAGCGGCCGGUGGGUGGUGGUGGUGGUGGUGCGGCUGGUGGUCCCAGCAGCGGUACCGGCUUCUCCACAAACGCCACCACCACUGCCCACAACACCCUCAACUCCCAUGCCACACACACUCUCAACUCGACCCACUCGCACACGCUCAGCUCGUCCCAUCAUGCUGGUGGUGCUAGUGUUGGUGGUGGCGUGGGCAGCGGAGCUGGUGGUGUUGGCGGUGGUUGCAGCCAGCAGGGAACACUCAACUCGCUGCAGUACCAACACAUGAGCCAUCACCAUCACGCACACCAGCCGCAUCCCCAUCAGCCGGACAUACUGAAGAGCACGCCCGACCACCAGCGGAUGAAGUGAGCGGCGGCGUCCAAGGAUCGCCCGAAAUGUAAAUAGGGUACGGGCGCAGAGGCGGGAACGACACAUACAUAUAGACCCAUACAUAUACACCCACUAACUAUAUAUACAUACAUACAUAUACAAACAUACAUACAUAUAUACGUACGUAUAUCCCAUGCUUAGUCUAAGCGCAGGCGUACAGUUCACGCACUAGGAUUUUUACUUUGCGCGCCACCAAAUACUAAAAUAUACACAUAUAGUAUAUAUAUACCCAUAUUUUUUUUCUAAUAUAUAAUGCACACACACAGAAGGUAUAUACAUUUACAUAUACAGACAAGUAUAUAUACAUAAUUUUUUGUUAUUUUUUUUUUGUGUACUUCUAAGGCAUGCCCUGCAUAUAGUAAGGUACAUGCAUACAUACUAUAUAUGGUUCUUUUGUACAAAUUAUUGUGGACCUGACCCCCGUUGUUGGUCCGGAACGUAAAUAUUCCUCUCUCACUGAUUUGUAGUUUCGCGCUUUGUGCUUCGCGUAAUGAAUCUCAAUCUCAAUUUGUCCCUCCAUGCGAAAACUGCCUUUGAAUGUAAUAGAGAGAAAGAAAAGAAAACGCAUAGCAAAGAAGAAGUAGAAGUAGAAGAAGAAGCCAAACAAAUACUUAUAACAAACAUUAGAGUUGCUCGACGUCAGCAGCAAAAAAAGGGAAAAAACUAAAAUACAAGUACAUAAUAAUAUUUUGUAAAGCAGAUUUUUCAUGCAAACCAAACAACAACAACAACAAGCAACUACACUAAUUACAGAUACUUAUGUACAUUUACUGCAACAUAAAAAGUAAAAACAAACUGUUUUUGGUUUCAAGCAUUGUUUAGAGAUACUCUAAUUCAACAUUUUGUUACGCACCCACACUGUCAAAACGUAACGUCGAUGUUAGCAAUACAGUAUGUACUAUUUUUAUUCAUAUUCGUAUGUAUUUUUAAUAAAAGCAAAUCAAUUCAUUCGCUUUAGCAAUUUUAAUCAAUUUUGUAGAUUUGGAAUUCAUUUCUGCGUCACUUAAUCAACUUCAAGCAAUAUUAACAAAUAGCCAACCCAGACACAGCCAGAGCUUCUAGUGAAAAGGAAAAACAAAAACAGAACAAAUCUAAGCAAGAAACAGUUAUACACACGCAAAGAAUUAUAGCAGCAACUGUACGAAUCUAUAUAUACAUAUAUAUAGUAUAUAUACAUUUUUGUAACUUAUACAAGGGUAGAGUUUUGAAGAGAGCAACACAUUGAAAUUUAUAUAGACAACAAAUUUUAGUACGUUAUACAUUCGCAAACAAAUUCAUAGGGUAUAUAUACAUACAUACUCUAUGUAUGUAAUCUUGGUUAUAGUCAACAAAUUGUGGAAUAACAACCAUAGAAACAAGAGAAAAACAAAACAAAUUUCGUAGGACCAUUACAAAUAGCUUUCAAUAUUUUCCAGCUACCAGCUCACCAAAAUCUAUCUGUCGAUUUGUCGAUGGGUUGUUUCAACAUACUACUGAUAUUCUUUGUUCAAACACUAUUUACCUGCUCGCUUCCAGUAACUUCUGUAAACGUUUUCAAAACUCCACUGAAUAUCUGUUUAACGAACCCCUUAAGCGCGCGUAUAACUCGUGCGCACAUAUACUCACACAUAUAAGUACAUACAUAUACAUGCAUACCUAUAUGAAGAGAAAGCAAAUUAUACAAAUUAUAUAACAUGUACAUUGUAAGAGCGCAAUUUUUUCCUAAUUGUAAAAAUUUGAUAUUAAAAAUUUAUAUACGCGCACAUGGGCGCCAACUCAACUCAUUUGCAAGAACACGAAACUAUGUACGAGUAUGUGCUGGCAAAUAGUCGGCAACCAAUAGGCAAAUAUCACUGAAUAAAUAAAACAAACAAAAUGAAAC